GUAUGGAAUCCCCAAGAGCAGAAUGCGCCUGGCAUCACCAGGAAGGGAGGAAGCAUGUUCACGUCCACGUUCUUCCAAGGAAGGCUGGAGACUUUCACAGGAAUGACAGCAUCUAUGAUGAGCUCCAGAAACAUGACAAAGAGGAGGACUCCCCAAGCUUGUGGAGAUCUGAGGAGGAAAUGGCAUCAGAAGCCGCAGCGCUCAGGAUGUACUUUCAGUGACUUUGCAGGCACAAAAGUAACUUGAACAAAUCCCAAGGCAUACGGAAAUGGGCCUUGUUCUCUAGGACUCUGCAGCAUUGAAAAUGAAGCUAAGCAGACUUUAUUACAUCCUACAAUUCUGCAACCUUUUGCAAAGCAUUUUAUUCCACUUGUGGAACCCACUGGGGUUAUGUUUCAAUCACUGUGACUGACAGGCUGACUUCGAAACAACAGCAUCGACAGCCCUUCCACACUUCCUGAGCUAUGUACUUAGAAUAGAACCUUUUCUAAAUUGUCCCUUGGCCUGGAUGGAAAUAAAAUGGUGGUUAAAAUACUUA